UGGACCAGCUGUUUAUGUUUCGUUUUGGCUUCUCACUCAAGGCGCGUACUGUGAGAUACUCUUUCGCAGCGCAAGGCAGCGGGUCGACGAGCUUGAGAUACACUCGAUCGGGCGUAUUGUUGUUGGCCAAACGAAAGCGAAAAUCGAAUACACAAAUUUACAUAAACCACACGUAACCGGGUACUAUUAUUAAGUGAGCGAGGAGUGAAAAAUGUGGCCAAUACGAAAAGCGAAAACAACAAAAACUAGUCGAGAGUGAAAGAUGCCCAUUUGUUUUCUCUGUGUGGCUGUGGCCGCAGCAGCCGCGGUAGCAGCUGCCAGUAUGUAUGUGUACCGAAAGUGCAUUAAAUCCCCCAAAGAAUCCGAAGAUAUCAAGAAACAGGGAUAGAAUUGUGAAAAAAAUGGCAUCCUCUUAGAUAUGCCUAAAAUCCAUUAAUAAAAUUUAAAAAAAAAAAAACAGCCCCAAGGCGAAAGUUCGAGUGGCAUUCCGGGAUACGGACUUGAAUUCUCGAGGCAUCUGAAAAAUCGAUUCGGGCCGUAGUACUAAGUCGCUACCAAAACACAAUAUAAUCAUGGUGCUGAAACUGAAACAAAAGUGUGCUGCGGAAGUUCGGUUCUUGGCCGAAAUUCUAGGUAACCCCAUAACCAAAGAUGGCGAGAAAAAGUCGCUGUACCUCUAAACACUAGCCAGUUAUUGGAUCCGGAACCCACAACCCGACGCCGAAAUGUCGAAAAUGAGGGGUCGCAUUCUGAUUCCACUGCCCAAUACCGGAGCGAUGGGCCGAAAGCGGAACAACUUCUAUAUGCGGAGCAUAUUCCUGCUGGCCCUUUGUAUUUUUGGGCUGCUCCAGUACCACAACUUCAACUACUUGGACUCUCGGGACAAUGCGCUGGGGGAGGCGGUCACCAACGACUCUGAUGAUGCCAUCCUGGCCAUGGUGCCAGCGCCGCUUCACAAAUAUCUGACGCCCCAUACCCGGAAUCACACCACUUCGGGUGCCGGAGUCGUAUCCGGAGCGGCCUUGCUCCUGAAUUCAAGUAGUUCCGGAGCAGCAACUGCCACCACAAUCAGCUUCGAUGUCUACCAUCCGCCGAACAUCACGGAAAUCAAACGCCAGAUUCUGCGGUACAAUGACAUGCAGACGGUGCUCAACGAGGACACCUUUGGUCCUCUACAGAACGACUCUGUGAUAAUUGUAGUCCAGGUUCAUACAAGGAUUACGUAUCUGCGUCACUUGAUCGUCAGCUUGGCCCAGGCCAAGGACAUCUCCAAGGCCUUGUUAGUCUUCUCGCAUGACUACUAUGACGAUGACAUCAACGACCUGGUGCAGCAGAUCGACUUCUGCAAGGUGCUCCAGAUUUUUUAUCCAUACUCCAUUCAGACGCAUCCGAAUGAGUAUCCUGGCGUCGAUCCCAACGAUUGUCCCAGAAAUAUAAAAAAGGAACAAGCUCUAAUGGCCAAUUGUAAUAAUGCCAUGUUCCCCGAUCUUUAUGGACAUUAUCGGGAGGCGAAAUUUACGCAAACGAAGCAUCACUGGAUUUGGAAGGCCAACAGGGUAUUCAACGAACUAGAAGUAACUCGAUACCAUACAGGCUUGGUCUUGUUCCUAGAAGAGGAUCACUAUGUGGCCGAAGACUUCCUCUACCUGCUGGCCAUGAUGCAGCAACGAACCAAAGACUUGUGCCCCCAGUGCAACGUCCUGUCCCUGGGGACCUAUCUCAAAACAUUCAACUACUACACCUACCACAGCAAGACUAACAAGAAAUCCUAUGCUUCCUCGCUGAUAUCGACAAACAGUUUAUUAGGAUACAAUAGGAAUAACAAUAGAAACUCUGUGCAAUUAGCCGUGUCGUCCUCCUAUUCUUCCUACUCAUCAUCUGCGCAAUCAUCAACGUCAUCCCUCAGAAAUGCCAAAGUCUAUGUGGGCGACACCGGUGACUCCAACAAGAAUGCCGCUAUCAGUAGCAAGCGGGGCAAUCUCAUCAACACUGUCACCGCCACCGCCACCGCCACUGCCACUGCCACUGCCACCGCCCACGCCACAGCCACAGCCACAGCCGCCACAUCCUCCGACACCACCAACAAUGAGCAAAAUAGCCAUAGCAGCAACAAAAAUAAUGGUGCACAAACAUGGAACUAUCAUGUCCUGCCGUCAUUGUAUUCCGUCUAUCAGAAGGUGGAGGUCAUGCCGUGGGUCAGUAGCAAGCACAACAUGGGCUUCGCCUUCAACCGCACCACCUGGACGAAUAUCCGGAAGUGCGCCCGGCACUUCUGCACGUACGAUGACUACAACUGGGAUUGGUCCUUGCAGCACGUGUCCCAACAGUGCUUGCAGAGGAAGCUCCAUGCAAUGAUAGUCAAGGGACCGCGAGUUUUCCACAUAGGAGAAUGUGGCGUUCAUCACAAGAACAAGAACUGCGAGUCCAACCUGGUGAUCUCGAAGGUGCAGCAUGUCCUGCGGAUAGCACGAAACUCACACCAGCUCUUCCCGCGAUCACUUACUCUGACGGUGCCUAGUUUAAUCAAAAAGUCGAAGCUACGGAAGGGAAACGGCGGAUGGGGAGAUCUGCGGGAUCACGAGCUGUGCCUAAACAUGACCCUGCCCACUAGGUAAAGGUCCUGAGUACCAGGAGCCGACACCAGUUAGUGGAUGAAGCGGAAACGAACCAUAGUCAGUAGCCAGGAAGUCUAGAUCCUAACGUUAUUUAAGUAGGAUUAUUAUAUAAUAAGCAAGUACUCCGUAUCAGCUAACUAACCGAAACGAAAUUAAUCAAAGCCAGAAGCCCAAAGAUCCUUCGCCUAUUUGGGCGCUGCACAACUCCUACGAUAAGUGAGAUAAUCCUCUAGUCACCGGCCAUAUGCCCAUCUAUAUACAUACAUUUAACGAAACUGCAGUGUUGUAAUCCUACCUUAAACCGUUUGCUCUUCAGUUCAAAUGAUAAUCACAGUGUAUGGUUUAGGCUCCGUCCAGGAUUUAAAAACGGAAAAACGGAAUUUUGAGUUGAGAGCGUCCUAAUCCUUCUAACUGAAUAGUAGAGAAAAUAUUUAAACUCGUAUCCCCAGAUUGUGCCGAAACAUUUGUAAUUGCAGUCAAAAUAUAGGGCAGCAAAUCGCAUAAACUAGUCAUAGCAAUGUACCAUGCACAUGCGCAUCAACAUGUAGAUCAAACUUUUUAUAUAUUCUACGGAUCCUACGUUUUAAGCCUGUAAAUAGACGAUUGCGUUGUAUACAUUACAUAAGGUAUUUUUUAAUAUAAGCACACAACUAAUGUAGUUUGUUAUUAUUUAAACGUUAGUCCAAAGCGCUUUUAUGUAUUAGGAAUUUUUGAUUAAUUGAAUGAAUAAUCUUAGCAAAUAAAUGCCAAGUAAAUGCUCUAAAAAGUGUUCUCAAUUGUUCUGUUAAACCUCGUUUGAAUAAUUUAAAUUUUUGAAGGGCGGGAAACGUGUCACGCUGUGGGAUGUGCCAUCUCUAAUAUCGAAAACAAGCAGGCUUGGUGUUAUCGAUAGCUAACUAGGAAAUUUUUGUUUUCAUUUUAACUUUAUUUUUGUUUGUCAAUGUUUUUGGUAUAAAAUGAACUGAGCCUAAAAAUUUAAAUAAAAAAUUUUUAGGGGAAAAUAUGCAGUCUGGCGCCAAAUAACCUGAUCAAGACAGGACCGCAAACACCCAGUUCGCUGGCAAGCAGCUUUUUUUGCGCCGAUAAAAGCUUUUGCCGGGCGUCUUGGUUCUAACUUCGAGAGCAGCAAUCACUUGCGAUUGCGGUGCUGGUGCGGACAUUACUUCCUCUUCGAACAAUCAGGAUUUUGGCUACUCACUGUCGAUUGACCCUUGAAAUUCGCGUAAUUGUUUGGUGUUUCCUUCGGCGUGUUUGCGGUGUGCGUGUAAUCCUCUGAAGCAAUCAUGAGCAAGCAACUGACUCGACUGACUCGUGUGGGCCAGCUUAACAAGCUCCUAAAACACGCCACAGCGGCGGCCA